CUCAGUAAUAAAUUGUAAUAAAACCUCUCCAUCCAUCUCUGUCUCUCAACAAGAGCCGUAUUUCUCUUUUUAACGGAAACAUUUAAGAUCAAAUUUUUUUUGCCUACUCCCAACUAUUAUUUCUUUCCGAUGGAAACAUUUCAAUUAUUAUUUCUCUCCAACUAAGACAUUCAAGAUUAAAUCUUCCACCCACUUUCAUCUAUAUAUCGAAUAAUAAAUAGCAAAAAAAAAAUUUCCUUCACUCUUUCUCUCCUCUGUCCGCCGGUGACUCGAAAGAAUAGCUUCAUGGUGUGUACGUGAGAAGCCUUUAAACAUUUGCGAAUCCUUCGGUUCAUACAACUGAAUAUUCUCUACAAAAUCCAUAUUAUUAUCGCGCAUGCACAAAUAUUUUUUGUGCAAAAAGAGAAAGAGAGAGAGAGAGAAAAAAAAAAAAAUCCACAGAAUUGGAAAUCACCGCCUAAACAAAGAAGAUUCCCAAUAUUCCCACUUCCCACUCUAUUCAUUUCUUCUUCGAGCAUUCCGCUUCCCCCCUAAACUUUUUUAUAAAUUAAAACCCGCCCAAACACAAACACUACAUUUUCCACAGAAAGAAACUAAGGGGAUAGGGAAAUCAAAUUCCAUUUCCUUUCAGCGAAUAUUUAGGGUUUCGGAAAACAUUUUUCCAUUCCCUCUGGUUUAGGCAUGAAAAAAUUGAACGGCAAAAUCGUCGACGAAGAGGAGUUGGAGGAGGAGGAGGAGGAGGAGGAGGAGAAGAAGUAUUCGAACGGCGUCGGAGUCAGCGUCGGAUUUCCUCAACCUGAUCAGAAUCUCGUCGUCGGCUACGCCUUGACAGUGAAGAAGGAAACGAGUUUCUUGAAACCAGACUUUCGUGGACUCGCCAGGACUAAGGGGAUAAAAUUUGUAUGCAUCGAUGUAAACAGGCCUUUGUCAGAUCAAGGUCCUUUCGAUGUUGUUUUGCAUAAGUUGUUGGCAAAGGAAUGGUGCGAGAUUAUUGAGGAUUAUAGGCACAAACAUCCUGAAGUAACAGUCCUUGAUCCUCCUGAUGCAAUACAACAUCUACGCAAUCGAAAGUCCAUGCUUCAGGGUGUGGUAGAUCUAAACUUGUCUGAUUGCCAUGGUAAGGUUGGUGUUCCAAGGCAAAUAGUUGUUACAAAAGAUCCAUCUUCUAUUCCUUAUGAAGUUACUAAAGCUGGACUAAAGUUGCCACUGGUUGCAAAGCCUUUAUUAGUGGAUGGAACUGCCAAGUCACAUAAACUAUUUGUUGCUUAUGAUCAAUUAUCCCUUGCUGAACUUGAACCUCCCUUGGUUCUGCAGGAGUUUGUUAAUCAUGGUGGAAUUGUCUUUAAAGUUUAUAUCGUAGGGGAAUCUAUAACUGUUGUAAGGCGUUUCUCUCUACCAAAUCACGGUAAACGCGAUCUAUCAAAAGUUGCUGGUAUGUACCCUGUCCCAAGGAUUUCAUCCUAUUUAUCUUCUGCCGAAGAUGCAGAUCUGGACCCCAGUAUUGCUGAACAUCCUCCAAGACCUCUGCUGGAGAAGCUUGCAACGGAGCUCCGUCGCCGAUUGGGUCUCCGGCUCUUCAACAUAGAUAUGAUCCGAGAGCAUGGCACCAGAGAUGUCUUUUAUGUCAUUGAUAUAAACUACUUUCCUGGGUAUGGGAAAAUGCCAGAUUACGAGCGCGUUUUCACAGAGUUCCUUCUGAGUCUAGUGCAGAGCAAGUAUAAGGGGAGCACAUUUUUAAAGGGUUCCUUCUAAGUACAGAGCAAGGUUAAGAAGAGACUUGCCACGUAACUAUUUGAAGUAAAAAUUUCCACUGUAUAUGAUGUUUCUUGCGAGUAUAGGCUUCCUUGGACAUUGAGGAACGCACAAAUCUAGUUUUUACUUCUGUAGUUACUAAUUGGUAUGAAAGGUUCGCUAUGUCCACGUAAACUCCCAUUUGAGACAAAUCACGACUGGUUCCCUGGUUUCCUUCUCUGAUGGAAUUUUUGAUCUAGAAAAUUGAAUAAUUGGAAGACAAGUGAAGCUAUACUUUGCAAUUAACUCUCAUCUAUCUUUAAUUUUAUAGGAAAUUUCUGUAAUUCUUUUUGUCUUAGUUUUUUUCCCCCUUCAAAAACUAAAGUUUUUGGCUUCCCAUUGAAUUGGAAUAUUACUAUCUUUGGGUUAUUGGAUUUGAUUCUUGAUGAUUCAGAU